AGGGACAAUUUGUCGUGCAAUUUUAAAGAGCAACAUCCUCUUGUAUUGCGCUAACAUUCGUUGUGUCCGAUUCAAAAGUUUUAUAUUCUCGUUUUAUUUUUUUCUAUUUAGAUUUAAAUUUCCAUAAUUUAAAUCAUGACGCAAACAAUUAAUUUGCAAUCAGCAAAAGUUGGGUUCAUCGGCGGUGGAAAUAUGGCACGAGCUAUUGGAAUAGCUUUGAUUAAAAAAAAUAUUUUAAAUCCAAAGAAUAUUUGGAUAUCGGCGCGAACACGGGAAACUCUUCAAAUGUGGAAUCAAUUGACUUUGGAAAAUCCAGUCAAUACAACAUUGAAUAACGCUGAUAUUAUUAUUAAUAGUGACAUUAUAUUCUUGGCUAUCAAACCCCAGUCACUUGUAGUCGCUAUUGACGAUGCCAAGAAAGCUGCGGAAGGACGUAAUUUAAUGCUGGAAAAUAAAUUAUUCGUAUCAGUACUCGCUGGUGUUACUCUUGAUACUUUAGAAAAAGAAAUUCAAGCGCAUUUAGGACAGCAAGUACCUCUGAAAAUUAUAAGGACUAUGCCAAAUACUCCGUUAAGUAUUGGAGAAGGGAUAACAGUGUACUCUCGCAAUGCUCAAGUAUCUGAGAGUGAUGCUCUGCCAUUAGUAAAAAUGUUGUCUCAGAUCGGUAUUAUUGAAGAAAUUCCUGAGAAUUUAAUAAACGCAGCCGGUGGAUUGGCAGGAUCAGGUCCUGCUUAUGCAUACCUGAUGGUUGAAGGAUUAGCUGAUGGUGGCGUAAAAAAUGGUUUGCCUCGGGCAUUAGCGACAAAAUUUGCCGCGCAAGUAUUAGCUGGUGCAGGAAAAAUGGUAUUACAAACUGGUAAACAUCCAGGGGAACUUAAAGACGAAGUUUGCUCGCCAGGAGGUACAACAAUUACAGGAAUGCACGCAUUGGAAACUGGAGCUGUCAGAGCAUCAUUAAUUAAUGCCGUUGAGGCAGCAGUUAAAAGAUCUAAAGAACUUGGAGCUUAAAUCUAACGCAGGAUCGAUGAUAAUAAAUAAAAUUAAAACAAAUAUCAUAUUAACCGGAAGUGUGAAGGCAUUUUUGAAGCAUUUAAAUUUAUACAAAAAAUUUUUAACAACGAACAGACUUUUUUUUGUAUAUUUGAUAUUUACAAUAAUAUUUAUUAUGAAGGCAUGACUGAGAAAAGUAUUUUUAACUUGACGUAUUUUAAAGUUAUAAAAAUUUUAAUCGUAUUUACGAUUUUGUACGAUUCUUAUAAAUAAAUAAAUAAUAAUUAUUUACAAUAUGAAAUUA